ACCCUAUCCCUCAAUUACCCUUAUUCUUCUACUCACCCCAAACCCACUUCAUCACUCAGGUCUCUAAGCUUCUCUUCCACCACUUCUCACAAUGUCUUCUCCACAGGUUUGAUUUCGAUGAGCCCUGUUGUGAGGCCGACUCGUCACUCGAUUGUUUGCGAGGCUGCUCCGAAUAAGAAGGCCAAUUCGGCUGCGAAGAGAGCUCGUCAAGCAGAGAAGAGGCGUGUCUACAACAAAGCUCGGAAAUCCGAGGUCAAGACUCGGAUGAAGAAGGUCUUGGAAGCACUAGAUGUACUCAGGAAAAAAUCCGAUGCACAACCCGAAGAAGUACUUGCAAUCGAGCAAUUGAUUGCAGAGGCCUAUUCAAUUAUUGAUAAGGCGGUGAAAGUGGGAACGUUGCACAGGAACACUGGAGCAAGAAGGAAGUCUAGGCUUGCAAGGAGAAAGAAGGCUGUUGAAAUUCACCAUGGCUGGUAUACCCCUUCUCCGGCUCUCACUGCCUAGUACGUAUUAACGAGACCAGAUUGUUUGAAAAAUUUUCUUGUUUCUUUUUACGAGGGGAUGAUUUCUAUCAUAUUUUUUGUCACUGCUGUUGUAUAUUUUCUUCAGAUGCAAUGCAGCUCUAGUAUUUUUCUUUGUUUUAUGUAAGUGUAUUUACUUGGUUUCUAUGGUUCUGUGGUUCUCAGUUGAGAAUUUAAUAUAGCCAGCUCUAGUUAUAAUCAA